UUGGGGAAGGUGAAAAAUCGCAAUGGCGGAAAGAGCAAAAUGUACACGUGGCAAGUAGGCGUUCCCACGGGAUCGUUGUCAGGCCGAAGUCUUACCAUACUGCGGAAACUUCAACGCGCUCGCUCAAUUUCGUUCUCAUCAGUCAAUCCGAUUCAUCACUCGCUGCUCCCCCACCUCUCCCUCCUCUUUCAUCACUUCCAAUGUCUCCAUCCCUCACUCUCUCUCCUUCCCCCGCUCCAAAGAUGGCAUUCAUCUCUUCUCCUCCGCUUCAGUUUCAACUCACCACCCCGCUUUUACAUACCAAAUCCCUCCGACGCCUCCCUCGCGCCUUCAGAUUUCGAGUUUUUUCCCAAUCCAUGACAGAGGAAAGGCAGAUAAGGAAGUUCUCACCUUUUCUAGAAAGAGAAUUUCUGUUGGGAGAUGGUGUUUUGGCCUCUGAUGAGUGGAAAGCAGUUCCUGACAUUUGGAGGUCCUCGGCAGAAAGAUAUGGUGAUCGGGUAGCAUUGGUGGAUCCAUAUCAUGACCCACCUUCAAAUAUGACUUACAAACAGCUAGAGCAAGAAAUUUUGGACUUUUCUGAAGGCUUAAGAGCUAUUGGAGUAAAGCCAGAUGAAAAGCUUGCACUUUUUGCUGAUAAUUCAUGUCGGUGGCUCAUUGCAGAUCAAGGUAUAAUGGCCAUUGGAGCAAUUAAUGUGGUAAGGGGCUCAAGGUCAUCUGUUGAAGAACUUUUGCAAAUAUACAUUCAUUCUGAAAGUGUUGCACUUGCUGUGGACAAUCCUGAGUUGUUCGGUCGGAUUGCUGAAACAUUCUGUUCCAGAGCAGCUAUAAGAUUUGUUGUUCUACUCUGGGGGGAGAAAUCUUGCCUGCCUAGUGAAGUUAUGGACAGAGUGCCUGUUUUUAAUUACAAGGAGAUCAUAGAUUUGGGACGAGAGUGCCGUAGUGUUUUUCUUGAUUCUCAUUAUGCUAGGAAAAACUAUAUUUGUGAAGCAAUCAGCUCUAAUGAUAUUGCUACACUUGUAUAUACAAGUGGGACCACGGGAAAUCCAAAAGGUGUUAUGCUUACACAUCAAAAUCUUUUGCACCAGAUAAAGAACUUGUGGGAUAUUGUUCCUGCUGAACCUGGGGAUAGAUUUCUAAGCAUGCUCCCAUCUUGGCAUGCGUAUGAACGAGCUAGUGAGUAUUUCAUAUUUACACAUGGGAUUGAGCAAGUAUACACUACUGUGCCAAACUUGAAGGAAGAUUUGCGACGUUAUCAACCGCAGUACCUAAUCUCUGUUCCUUUGGUAUAUGAGACUCUUUACAGUGGGAUUCAAAAGCAGAUUUCUACUAGCUCCACUGUCCGCAAGCUUGUUGCACUUACAUUUAUAAGGAUCAGUUUGGCAUACAUGGAGUUGAAGAGGAUUUAUGAGGGGAAGUUUCUACAGAAGAGUCAGAAGCAAUAUUCAUACAUUGCUUCAAUAUUUGACUGGUUAUGGGCAAAAAUAAUUGCUGCAAUCUUGUGGCCAGUCCAUAUGUUGGGCAAGAAGCUCGUCUAUAGUAAAAUUCAUUCUGCUAUAGGAAUAUCAAAGGCUGGCGUAAGUGGAGGAGGUAGUUUGCCUUCUCAUGUUGACAGAUUUUUUGAGGCAAUUGACAUAAAAGUUCAGAAUGGAUAUGGUUUAACAGAGUGUUCUCCUGUCACUGCUGCUCGGCGACCUACCUGUAAUGUUCUUGGCUCAGUUGGGCAUCCAAUUCGAUAUACAGAAAUCAAAAUUGUAGAUUCUGAAACUGAUGAACUUCUGCCACCUGGUUCAAAGGGCAUUGUAAAAGUAAAGGGGCCACAUGUCAUGAAAGGCUACUACAAGAAUGAAUUGGCUACAAAAAAAGUCUUAGAUGAGGAUGGUUGGCUAAACACGGGUGAUAUUGGUUGGAUUGCACCUCACCACUCAGUAGGACGAAGUCGUCACUGUGGAGGUGUUAUUGUUCUUGAAGGACGUGCUAAGGAUACUAUAGUUCUUUCAACAGGUGAAAAUGUUGAACCUACAGAGCUGGAAGAAGCUGCCAUGAGGAGUACUCUAAUUCAACAAAUUGUUGUUAUUGGCCAGGAUCAACGACGUCUUGGAGCUAUAAUUGUUCCAAACAAAGAAGAGGUUUUAGCAGCAGCAAAAAGAUUGUCAAUUUUAAAUGCCAAUACCUCCGAACUUAGUAAGGAAAAAAUUACAGGCCUGUUACAUGAAGAAAUAAGAACUUGGACUGAGGGAUUCUCUUUUCAAAUAGGGCCUAUCCUAGUCGUUGAUGAGCCUUUUACGAUCGACAGUGGGUUGAUGACUCCAACCAUGAAAAUCCGAAGGGACAGAGUAGCAGCUCUAUACCAGGAGCAAAUAGCCCAUCUCUACAACUAAGACUCUUCUAUGUAGCAUUGGAAUCAGAAUAAUGGGAUGCAUCAAAGAGGCACAGGGCAAGGCCAAGUAACAAUGACUUCUGUAGAAAUUCAAAAGAGCCCUCGGCCAAAUAAUGCCCCAUUUUCCAAUUAAAUUUAAUUUCCUUUAUAUAAUUUGGCAUCGAGUGAAAGUA